UUCUCGUAAUGAAAGUUUCACGAUCGCUAACCGCUGUAGGUUCACUGGCCCUCAUUCUAAGCAUCGUAUUCACCUACAAGUGGAUGACAUCAAAUCAAAAGAUCGUCUCAGUGAAGACCAGUGAUAUAACCAAAGAACAUACCGAACCGAAGAACACAACGAAGAAAGAACCUCCUCUUCCUGAAAAACCCACCCAAAAGAAGACCAAUAAGCCCAAAAAGCCGGUGAAAAAACACAUUAUCAAAAGACGAGCUAAACCAGUGCCCCAUCAACUAAAAUUCAAGACGAAAAAGCUAAAAAGAAUUCCAGCAAUUCCUCUCUUAGAUGUAUUGAAAGCCAAAAAUCAACCCAGGCCUGGUCAAAGUGUAUUCUUCCAUGAAACGACGAAUUUCCGAAGGGACGAGAAGAUCCAGCUGAUCCAAUUGACGCCUCGGGAGGCAUGUGCCAUUGAAUCGGCUGCCCUUCAUAAUCCACGCCUUACUGUAUUUGUGCUUUUCGCAGGUGCCACCCAUCGAAUUUCAAGUGGAGAUUCCCUAAUCAAGGCCUUGAGCCAAUAUAAGAACAUAAGAUUGAGACAUCUCAACGUUUGGAAUUAUGCAGCUGGCACUCCCAUCGAAAAAUGGCUAAAGGGGGGAAAGCUUUUCAAAUCGAAAUUUCUUUUUCCACAUGUCUCCGAUCUGCUGCGAUAUAUAACAUUAUAUAAAUACGGUGGCUUUUAUCUCGAUCUUGAUGUGGUGGUAUUGAAAAACCUAGAGAAAAUGCCUCCGAAUUUCACGGGCGCCGAGAGCAACAGAUCCCUGGCCUGCGGGGUCAUGAAAAUGUCCUCCACCGGUUUGGGCCACAAGUUGGCCUCCCAGUGUCUGCAGGAUCUGCAGGCCAACUACGAUGCCAAUAUAUGGGGAAGCAAUGGACCCGGCGUCAUCACCCGAGUGGCCAAAAAGCAGUGCAGCACCGACAGCAUCCAUAAAAUGAUUACCAAUCCUAAACGAUGCAAGGGAUUCAAGGUCUACGAUCCGAAAGCCUUCUACGCAAUUCACUGGCUGCAGUGGAAGGAUUUCUUUCAGCCCAACAGAAUCAAUAUAACCAUGAAAAGAAUAUCCAAAUCCUCGGUGAUCCAUGUUUGGAACAAGUUCUCACGGGGAUGGAAGCUGAAGACCAAGGAUAACUGUGCCUACACCAAAGUGGCUAAGUCACACUGCCCCAAAACAUUUGCAGCAGCUGGAAAAUUUUUUUGAGGUCAAUGUUAGUUAGGAAUUAGUACUUAAUAAGUUAGAAGUUAGAUACAAAUAAUUGUUUUAAAUUUUAAUGAACACCUAUAUUGUAGAAUUUUUCCUACUCAUCAUUAAUUAUAUAAAAUGGUAGUACUUAUAUAAUAAUCAUAAUGUUACAAUCAUUAAAGACCUAAAAUUGCAGAAAGCCUAUUUAAAUUGCUUCUCAGUUAUUAACAUACAUUCAAAGAGAAAAGCAGAUCAGAAUUCCAUCUAAAGCAAUCUGCUUAAAAUGUAAUAAACCGAGCAUUAUAUUCUUGAUUCAUGACGGGGAGAACUAAUUGUCUGUUGAAAUAUUCAUAAUAAAUUCCGAGGGCCAUUCAGAUCCAUCCCCCUAUCUUUGUUGUCAUAGCGCCACGAAGAACUAAUUAAUUGUU